AUGGAACAAGGUAGCUCGAAUCACAGCCUGGAGGACGGAAGACUGUUCUGGGUUAAGUACACCCAACAGCGAUACUUCGAACGGGAAAUCAACACAUUGAAGGCUGGAAGAUCACUGGCAGCCAAGCAUCGUAUGGCGACGCUGACGCCAUACCUGGAGAACGACGUCAUGCGCAUGGGCGGACGUCUUCGGAAUUCAACAUUGGAUCCGGAGGAGAAGAAUCCAAUUAUUCUCCCACGUCACUCACCGCUAUCAUCACUCAUCAUUGCGGAAGCUCAUCAGAGGAGCUUCCACGGGGGAACGCAACUCACGUUGGCACACAUCUGGCAGAGGUACUGGAUCAUCGGAGGACGGGCACCAGUACGCUCUCACAUAUUAAAGUGCGUCAUCUGCGCACGUCAUCGAGCUGUGCGAGCUCAACAGCUGAUGGGACAGCUGCCAUCGCGACGAGUGACACCAUCACGAGUCUUCCUUCACUCAGGAGUAGACUUCGCCGGCCCAAUCAACAUCCUGAGGUGGAGAGGCUCCGGGGCCGGCAAAACAAUGUACGAGGCGUACAUCUGCCUAUUUGUCUGCUUCGCCACAUCCGCCACACACUUGGAACUGGUCACAGAUCUCACGGCGGACGGAUUCAUCGCAGCGUACAAGCGAUUUACGGCAAGACGGGGAAUUUGCGCGACCCUGACCAGUGACAGGGGAUUUAACUUCAUCGGGGCAGAAAAGGAAUUACGGCAAAUCAUCCACCAGGCAUCCAGCGAAUCAGCAACCAUCAAGAACUGGCUAGCAACAAACGGAACGGAAUGGAGAUUUAACCCGCCCUACUCGCCACACAUGGGAGGCAAGUGGGAGGCCGCGGUUAAAUCCAUGAAACAUCAUUUACGGAGAGUGAUAGGAACUUCAACUCUGACGUACGAGGAAUUUACGACUCUUCUGACUCAGGUUGAAGCCAUCCUGAACUCGAGGCCACUCUGCCCGAUAAAUAACGACCCGCAAGACACAACGGCAUUGACACCAGGGCACUUCAUCAUCGGCGGAUCGCUGACAGCGAUUCCAGAACCAACUCUGGAACACAUCAACACGGAUCGGCUAAACCGGUGGCAACUUAUCACGCAGAAGGUGCAGAACUUCUGGGACCAUUGGGCACGCGAGUGCGUGCAUCGCUACCAACGAAUCUAUCGGUGGAGGAAACCAACGGACGACAUCGUAAUUGGGACGUUGGUUCUCAUAUCAAACGAGCAGGAACCGCCAACCCGAUGGCCCCUUGCUCGAGUCAUCAGGAUCCACCCGGGACGGGACAACUUGACCAGGGUCGUCACACUUUGGAAGGGCAAUAAGAAAACGCAGCGGUCUACAUCGUCACCCAGGGGGGUGACGCAAGGCGGGCGGUAUGUUCAAAAUCCCGCGGUCAAAAGUCAGGAUGACCAACCGGAUGACCUCGGCCAAUCACCCUUGACCAUCGUAACGAGAGGUCACGAUCGAUCUCGGGAUCGUUACGAUGAAAUAAAUCGGACAUUCAUCACACCAAGUGCCAAUUAUUCGUCAUCUCCGGAACUUCCUCACCCACCGUCCGAUCCGGCCCAAAAACAUCCCGGAACAUCACAAUAA